GCAACAGAAGCCCUCGCGGCUGAGUGGAGGGAGCGGGCGGUAAUUAACAUGCAGGAAAAGACGAGCGGGACAAAAAGUGGAGUCCAAAACAAAAGGAGAUCGAGGAGAGAGCGAGGCAGUGGGAGAGAGAUGCGCGGAUCGCGACGAUGUCGGCGGCGGGUGUAUUUAAUCGAAACUUUGUCGAAAGGGGGGUAGAGAAAAGGCUCGAGAGGAUCAGUGUGCUAUGAAGUCAAAGAGAGAGAGAGAGAGAGAGAGAGAGAGCGAGUGCGGGGCUGCUCGUAAGUCGCUUUUAAUACCCGCGCAGCUGUCUCGUUGUUUGAUAUUUCAUGGGCUUCACCGAGAUGGCUGUUACGCAUCAUACACAAAAAUCGUAACCCAAUUUUUAUAACGCUGCGACUGUCGGCCCUUCGACGUUCUGCCGUUUCACGCUCGACGACUUUUUACUUGGAUCAGAUCGACUGCACCGGAGCACAGUAAAAGCUGCACGUUCUCCCUUGAAACCUCGACUCGAUCGCUUAAUCGAAGAUUUAAUUCGAAACGACUGUACUAGGCGUAAAAAAUAGCACUUGAUUAAAAACGUGGGGGAGGGUGAGAUGGAGGGACGAGAAAAGAAAUCAACCGCGUAAUAUUUCAAGCGAAUCAUACAAUUUCUCAUAGAGCUGGGAACAAAGGACGCAUCGCGGGGAUCGUUUAUCUCCGGUAAUUCCCGCACUCUGUAAAACCCACCCACAACGCCGCGUUAGCCGCCAACAAAGCGCGCCCGCACAAUCGUUUACGAUAUCAAUUAGCCGAUAGCUUCGCUCACUCUCUCUCUCUCUCUCUCUUCCUCCUUCGCUCAUACCCGUUCGAUCCUCCAAACGACCCCCGUGAUUUUUCACUGCACAAUUGAUAUGAUUUUUCAUCUUGCCUACAAGAUUUAUCGAUUAGACUAGGCGCGCAUUUAAUAAUCCGCAUAGCUAUUGGAAUUCUUUUACCUAUCGGCAUUCCGGGCCGUCGUGCCUCGCUAUGGAUAAUUCAGCGUCCGAUGAACUCGUUCUCUUUUUUUCGUGGAUCAUGAUUAAAUUUUUAACGAUCCCGCCCCCGCGAUAUCGAGGUGCGCGGACUUGUAUACCGCGAGCUUUCACGGCCCUGUUCCUUUUGUCGUUCGGCCAAUUUUCGGCCUGCGCUUUCAUUCGCCGGCGCAUAAUCGAGUUCGGAGGUGCGAAAGUAACGCUGGGCCGUCGCGCGCAAACGUCGGUAGCCAGUGACGCGCCAAGAGUUGAACGAUCUUCCGUUUCUCUCACUCCUCGACAAAGGCGCUUCUACCGCGCCGCCCUUUCGCCGAUAAAUAAUAUUCCGGCAGACGUUCAUUACGUCGUUAAGUUGACGCUCUCUUGCGAGCGCCAAAUUCACUACUUUAAAAGCGCUACGCCGCGUAAGCGCAACACUUUAUGCUCGGUGAUAUCUUCAACAAGUCGUCCUGUAAUUAUAGUUUAGCACCGUCGAGUACGUACUGUUGCGGGGCUAAUUUGCGACGCUUAAAUUGAACCUUUCGAAAAAAGAAUUACACUUCCACGAGUGCGGGCUUUCAACCUUAUUACGAGAAAAAAAAAAUUAUCGUACGCCUCUUCGUUCGUUCGUGCACACUUUCCCUGCGGUCUAAUGAUUGGGCGGCGUAUCCUUUUUGUCUGACCAACUUUGAUAUGCCUCUUGGUCAGUUCUUUUCUCGCGUCUUGAAAUUUUUGCCUCGGUUCUUGCUCUGUGCACACGUAUGUGACCGAUUACAUGAAAAAAAGUAGCUGAAUGUGGCAUCGUUUUCACCAUUUCACGGUAUUGUGCGCAAUUCUUGGGUCUGACCCCACUUUUUUGUGGUCAUCCAAGUUUUUGCACGUUAACACCACCUACGAGCUUUGCUUUCUGCUUUCGAUAAACAUGAAAAAUAUUAAAAAUUUUUUUAUUUUGAAAUUCGUAAUAAAAAAUGAAAAGCAAUAGCCUCAACCUGAGCUCCAAAUCUAAUUUUACCUCGAAACCUAUAUUUUGUUUUAAUUUCGGUUUUGAAACUUUUCUUUGAAAAUCUUCCAUUAUAUGUAUUGGCUCUACAUUUUUGUGACUAUUAAAAUCUUGAAUAGAGGUUAAAUCAACUUAUGGUUUCCGAUAUAUUUUCUGAAAUUUUAAAAAACCACGGAAACGAUGUUAAUUUUAGCACUUUUAUGAGCACAAAGAAGGAUGCCGUAAAUUUAUUUGGUGACAGGUCUAACUUUUUUUAAUUCUUGAGGUCACAUGGAAUAAUGCUAAUAUCACCAAAUUAAAAGUGCACCCAAAUUGAAACUUAUCAGAAACGCGCACCUUUUUUCGCGCAGUCGUUUCAUAAACUAUAGGGCAUUAGAAAAAUCACUAAACUGCUCUCUUGAUGCUUCCGGGUUUAUGUAUUUGUGAAGCGGAAGAAACGCGUAUGCCGUUGACAAUGCCGUAGCAUGAUUUUGACAGUACUCGUAGUUUGUGCAUGAAAUCUCGAAAUUGCCGACUGAGUUUUGCUAAUCGUAUGUCUGCAAAAAUACGUGAUUUGGAUUCAAGGAACAAAACGGGAACGGAAAUUCGUUCGCGAUCGUAGUUGUUAAUAAUCGGAAAUCUUGGGUUCUUCACUCCAAACCUGAAAAAUUUGUUCGCGUACCCGUCAGUCGAUCGCGCAGCUUGCCACAGAAGGAAAAGUAAAAAGGAACGGGCCGAUCGAAGGUUUGUGUGAAAAAUCAUCGUAUCAUUAGCGAUAGCUGCCUACAUAUGCAGGUCGGCGAGCUCGACCCUUCGCACCGCCCUUCCAUCGUUCGCGCGCACGGUGCCCUCCCCUUCUUCUCUUCGUCGCUCUCUCUCUCUCUCUCUCUCUCUCUCUCUCUCUCUCUCUCUCUCUCUGUAUCCCCGUUGAGGCUGCUGCUGGCGCAAGCGAGCAGCGCCGCGCGGCGCGCACAGCUCUCGCUCGCCUCGGACACCUGUAAGCUAAAACGCGGCGCUCGCUCACACGCGUCCAAACCAUCGGCGCUCCGUCUCUUCUCGCGGCGGGAGUAGCGCUCUCCUCUCUUCGGGUUGGUGACUGUGAAUGAGUUGGUGCGUCGCAGCAGUGCUCGCCGUGCGCGAAAAGCCUGAUUUGAACGAGGACGAGGACGACGACGACGACGACGACGACGACGACGACGACGACGGCAACGACGACGACAUGGGCAUAGCCGGGCGCGAGAGGACGGCGAAUGGCGAUCGCUGCGGCUGCCACUGAGAAAGAUCGGCGAAGCGGGUGAGCGUGGACGAGCCUGGGACGCAGACGGAGAUGUGAUUUUCGGCUCGUGGCGGUCCAUCUGCGUGGCGACAUGCAGCGGAAUCAGCGGAAUCCCCUCGCACUCGGCCGGCUACGUUGGCCGCUGCCGCCACUGGUGCUGCUGCUGCUGCUGCUACUGCUGCUGCUGCUCGCCAAGGAGGGCACGUGCAUCAAGUGGCUAGCGCUGGGUCGAGCGGCCGACGGCUUCGAGUGGACCCGCGAGGCGUGCAUGGGCGCGCGCGCCUCGGGCCUGCUGGAGCGCAAGCAGGCGCGCGCCUGCAAGGCCAGCCCCGACGUGAUGCGCACCCUGGUGCAGGCCGCCCGGGACACGGUGGCCGUGUGCCAGCAGGCCUUCCGCCAUCAGCGCUGGAACUGCAGCAGCGUGGAGCGCGCGCCCGACUUCGGCGCCGAGCUGCUGUCAGGCACCAAGGAGCAGGCGUUCGUGUACGCCAUGUCGGCGGCGGCGGCGGUGUGGCGCCUGGCGCGCGGCUGCGCCCUGGGCAACCUGGCCGCCUGCUCGUGCGCGACGCCGCCGCGCCGCGAGCCGCCGGCCGCGGCCUCGGCGCUCAUCCAGACGGCCGCCGGCGCGGCGGCCUUCGCGCCGGCCGACCUGGCCCUCGGGUCCGGCGCCGCCGCGCGCAGCGCCUUCAAGUGGGGCGGCUGCGGCGACAACGUGCGCUCGGCCUCGCGCAUGGCCAAGCGCUUCCUGCAGGGCGCCAGUCCGCAGCCCGGGGCCGGCGCCCAGGCCAAGUUCCUCCACGCCGUCAACAUGCACAACAACCGCGCUGGACGCAGGGCAGUGGAGCAGUCGCUGGCGCUCGAGUGCAAGUGCCACGGGGUGUCGGGCUCGUGCAGCGUGCGCACGUGCUGGCGCGGCCUGGGCGCGAGCGGUCCGGCCGCGGCCGGCGCGCGGCUGCUGAGGCGCUACGCCAGCGCCGCCGAGGUGAGGCCGACCUCGAGCGGCAGGCUGCCGCCGCUCUACCACCACAACAACCUGCUCUACACGACCAAGAGUCCGGACUACUGCACCGAGGACAAGAGGCGCGGCAGCCUCGGCACUUACGGCAGGCACUGCAACGCCAGCAGCACGGGCUACGACGGCUGCGAGUACCUUUGCUGCGGCAGAGGAUACGUGACUCGCGCCGAGGAGGUACUCGAGCGUUGCGAGUGCAAGUACUACAGCUGCUGCUACGUCAAGUGCAAGACUUGUCGAAACGUCAUUAUCAGCCACGAAUGCAACUGAGUCGACGUUUGGCACGGAAGACGCUCGCGGCGAUUGCCCGGAGUACGAGUGUCGACGACGCCCGCACCGAAGCAGGCCAAUCGUCGCGAUAAGUACUUAAAUCUGCGCUGCAUCGGAUAAAUCACUCUUUAACUUUUAUACAACGCCACUGCCGUACAUCAUGAGUCUGCCGAAUUUUUCUAUUCACCAUGCAAUAAGAGGGCUUCGUACAUUUUCGUUCGUUCGAGCAACCUUCGACAAAUAGAGCCGGACGUUCUUUGUUGCUCGAGAAAACACGGCGCCGUGCGAGCAAACUUACGCGCGAUAUUUUCAAAGUCAACCGCGUGGUCUUCGAACGAGCGAGAAAUAAAGAGAGAGGAAAUUGAAAUUUCAGCGGUCUCGCGAGAUGCGCAGAAAAGGUCAGCAAUGACUUUCAAAUGUAUCCUUUUCUGAAUUCAUUCAAAUAUAUCGUACAUUAUAACGAUGCUGAGAGCGACAGAGAGUUUUAGAAGAUUGAUGUUUUUUCUAUUAUUUAUACUUAAAUAUUCGUAUUUAUUAUACCGUUCUCGACGUCGUUGUAACCUACUUGAAUAUUUAACGGUAAGAGUAGGCGUCUUAGAGAUACAAAAUAUAGCAAUUGCGAUGUAAAUAUAGCAGUAUCCAUAAACUCUCGAUGUAAACGACACAUUGUAUUC